AUGUCGCCAAGCACAAUCAAGUUGGCCUCAGGCCAGUCAAUGCCCCUCGUCGAUUUCGGGCUUUGGAAAGUGCCGGCUGAGACAGCGGCCGACACCGUUUACAAUGCCAUCAAAGUUGGAUAUCGUCUGUUCGAUGGUGCAUACGACUACCAGAACGAAAAGGAAGCCGGCCAGGGCAUUCUGAAAUAA